CGAGGAAAGAAUAUCAGUUAUAGCACUGAUACCAGAUGUGGACAUAACAAUCUCGGCUACAGAUCAGUGUGUGAUCCAAAAGAUAAAGAAGCUUGUUGCAAAGAUAAUAAGUGUCAAGAUAUCCCAAUAAAAGAAUGCACAUGCCCAACUUGUUUUGAUGAACGCUCUCGGAUAUAUCCUGAAUUUUACAAAUGGACGCCACAUAGGAUUAACAUGCGCAAUAACAUUUCAGGUGUGGACAUAUGCAAUGGUCUACGACGUUUGAAUGUGUCAUCAAUGAUUACAAUAGGCGAUUCUUUGAUAAGAUCAUUGACUGAAAGCUUUUGGAGACGAGUUUACAGAGGGCCCGUGACACAUUUACUAUAUAAUCACUCUUCUAAAGAUCUUAUCCGGAGUUGCCGCCCAAAUGCAAGAAAUUGGGGAUUCCGAACUUGUUGGUUAAGGAGUUAUGUACAGGGCUGCAAUGGAAUCAAGUUUUUCUAUUACACAGUUAAUGGUAUAAAAAAUGUAUCGAAAGAAGUGAGACCUUUGAAGGAGAAAUUAAGAGCAUUGAAGAAGGAACAUCCGGGUCACAUGCUUGUCAUGGCGGAUGUUGGACUCCACACUAAUCUCAAUACGCAGAUGGUGUCACACUACUUGGAAGAACUGCUUGACGUUGCAAAAGACCUUGGCGAUACACACAUCAUCUACAUGACCCCGUAUAUUCCGGGACUGCAUAAAUCGCCAGCGCAUGAAAAACAAACCAAGGAAAAGACGUUAAACUUUGCUACGUUUUUUCGAACAUUUACAAAAAGUAUGAAUAUAUCUUUCCUUGAUGCGAAUGAGUUGGUAAAGAAUCUCAUCAGCUGGGACGGCACACAUUAUUCGAAUGGACUGAAUGCGGCAAUGGUAGAUGUUAUAUCGAGCUACAUCAUUAAAGACUUAUGAGCACUCGACAUGUACUCGGGAGGUUGUUGUGGGAUCGGCUCCUAUCAAGGUGGAGUGACAUUUUCACACCAGUCCUUAGCGUAUCCUAUGUUUCAAAUUAUAUUAAUUGUUCAGAAAAUAAUUCACAAUUUAAAAUAUAUUUAAAG